AAUUUACGCUACUUUAUAGUGACGAAAAUUAAUAAAUUUUCCUUGAAAAUCUUAUUGGAAACUUCAUUUGUCCUCAGUCAUCAAAUCAGGUGCGUUGAGUAAUGUUACGUCGACAAUAAACACGUCAAUCAACCUUUAUGGAGACUAUAAACCAUCCAUUUUUGUACACUUGGUCAACUGCACAAAUGACGAACCAGGCGUCACCGGUUGAGGAGCAGGAGAAACUCCUGGACGAAGCUUUGAAUGUAGUCAAAGUGCAGGCAUUUCAAAUGAAGAGAUGUCUGGACAAGUCCAAGUUGAUGGAUGCCUUGAAGCAUGCGUCCACUAUGCUGGGCGAGUUGAGGACUUCACUGCUGUCUCCUAAAAGCUAUUAUGAGCUUUACAUGGCAAUAACAGAUGAGCUCCGUCACCUAGAGCUGUAUCUCCUUGAGGAGUUCCAGAAAGGUCGCAAAGUGGCCGACCUGUAUGAACUGGUGCAGUACGCUGGGAACAUCGUGCCGCGGCUGUAUCUACUCAUCACCGUUGGCUUAGUGUACAUCAAGACUAACUCUAAUUUGAGACGGGAUUUGCUUAAGGACCUGGUAGAGAUGUGCAGAGGAGUCCAGCACCCUCUCCGAGGUCUCUUCCUGAGGAACUACCUGCUGCAAUGCACCAGGAAUGUCCUACCUGAUACCUCUGAAGCACAGAACGAGAAUGAAGGCGUGGUAAAAGAUGCGAUCGACUUCGUGCUGAUGAACUUUGCCGAGAUGAACAAACUGUGGGUCAGAAUGCAGCAUCAAGGACACUCCAGGGACAAGGAGCGUCGUGAACGUGAAAGAUCAGAGCUCCGUAUCCUGGUUGGCACGAACCUGGUCCGUCUCUCCCAGCUGGAGUCUGUGACAGUGGAGGACUAUGGCAGACUGGUGCUGCCUGGGAUCCUGGAACAGGUCGUCAGCUGCAGGGAUGCCAUCGCCCAGGAGUAUCUCAUGGAGUGUAUUAUACAGGUAUUCCCCGACGAGUUCCACCUGGCGAACCUGCAGCCGUUCCUCAAGUCGUGCGCGGAGCUGCAGCCCGGAGUCAACAUCAAGAACAUCAUCAUCGCACUCAUUGAGAGACUCGCUACUUAUAGCCAGAGAAACGAAGGCAAUAUAAACUUGAGCGUGGUUCUAGAAGAUGGGAAAGAACAAGAGGUUCAACUCUUUGAGGUGUUCUCUGACCAAGUGGCUGCUAUUACACAGAGUCGCACAGACAUGCCCCCCGAAGACAUGUUGUCCCUUCAGUUGGCACUACUGAAGCUGGCCCAGAGGUGCCACCCUGACAAACUCAACUACGUCGACCGAGUACUCGCACAUACGGACAAGAUUUGCGCCGAUAUACAUCAAGCUAGCGGCAAAACCCACUUAGAACACAACACGGCAGUCUUCAAAGAACUGAUGAAGAUCCUCAAGCUGCCAGCAGACCAUUACAAGAACAUUCUGACGCUGAUCAAGCUGCAGAACUACUCACCGUUGAUCAGACACCUGAACCACCCCGGACGGAUCAUGAUAGCGGUGCAUUUGAUCAAUGAUGUGCUGGAAACUGACUGUCUGAUAUCUACUCCGGAGGAUGUGGAGUCAGUGCUAUCGAUGUUAGACGUGCUAGUGAAGGACCAGCCAGACCAGCCCACCGCCGAGCCUGACGUCGAGGACUUCAUGGAGGAGCAGGGGCUACUGGCCAGACUGAUCCACCACUUCAAAUCCGACUCAGCGGACCGCCAGUACCUGAUACUGUCGGCGGCGCGCAAGGCCUUACAGGCGGGCGGCGCCGCGCGCAUACAGCAUACCUUCCCACCCAUCGUGUUCCACGCCUACAGGCUCGCGCAUACUUACAAGCAGCUCAGGGAGACGGACGACAUGUGGGAGAAAAAGUGUCAGAAGAUAUUCCAGUUCUGCCACCAGACUAUCACCAUGCUGGUCAAGGCUGAACUAGCUGAACUGCCACUCAGGUUAUACCUCCAAGGCGCGCUGGCUAUAAGCGAGAUCGGGUUCGCGAACCACGAGACGAUAGCGUACGAGUUCCUGUCGCAAGCGUUCUCGCUGUACGAGGACGAGAUCUCGGACAGCAAGGCGCAGCUCGCCGCCAUCACGCUCAUCAUUGCCACUUUUGAGCAAAUUAAUUGUUUCGGCGCGGAGAACGCGGAGCCGAUGCGUACGCAGUGCGCGCUGGCGGCCAGCAAACUGCUGAAGAAGCCCGACCAGUCCCGCGCCGUCGCACUCUGCGCGCAUCUCUUCUGGAAGGCGCCCAAGGAUGGGAAGCAGUGGGCGCUGAACGACGCGUCCCGCGCGCUGGACUGCGUGAAGAAGGCGGCGCGCGUGGCGCAGCAGUGCAUGGACGGCGGCGUGCAGGCGCAGCUGCUGGCAGAGCUGCUCGGCCGGUACGCGCUGCUCCGCGAGAGGGGGAACCAGAUGCUCACCACCACGCUUAUUGAUGCCGUGAUCCAAAAGAUUCGCGAGGAACUAGCGAACCUGGACCAGUCGGAGGAAGUGGAACAGAUCACGAAGCACUUCCACAACACGCUGCAGCACCUCAAGAACCGCAUGGAGUGCCCCGACCCUGACGGGCUGGGGUAUGAGGGACUCACGCUGUCCUAACUUGUAUAGUAGCUGGUGAUUGACGGCCGAAAUUAGUGAAUACAGUAUUCCCUUAGUACGAGUUGGUUUACGUUUAAAGUAAUCGAAACGAGAGCGCGUUCAUCUCUCAUUGGCUGAUACAUUCAGAGCGCCGAACGCGCUCUCGUUCAACGUAAAGCAAACUCGUACUAAGGCUACAGUAUUACCUUAGUUCAAGUUUGCGUUAUGUUCAAGGUGAGAGUGGGUUCGGCGCUCUGAUUGUUUGGUUCAUUUGCAUUAGCCAAUCACAGCGCUGAAUGCGGUCUGAUUGAGAUGAGAGUGGGUAUGGCGCUCUGAUUGGUUGGUACAUUCGUAUCGGGCAAUCACAAUGCUGAACGCGCUGUCGUUUAGUUCUCGGUGAACGUAAAGCAAAUUCGUACUAAGGAUGAAUUGAAUUCAAAUGUAUUGAAUUAAAAACCUAGGUCGAUCCAGGUUAUUUCGGCCGUUUAACUAAUAUAUGUUUGCAAGCAUUUUUUGUGAUAUUUGUGUCGUAUCGAAUUCUUAAGUCUUUGACUGCCAAUAGAAAACUGUUGAAGGCAAAUCCUCCGCUAACGUAGGUCACCGGUGACCACCACGGCGUUCAAUGUGUUAAAGGAAAAAGUAAAGUUAAAAAUCACAAAAUUACUCUUGCAUUAACGUUGUAAUAUUAGAAAAAUAUAGUUAAGUUUUAAAAUGAGUAUCGGCACUAUUGCACUUGUCGAUAAAUUGUUAAGAAAUGUUAGUGAAACGUGACCAUGUUGAAAAAACAACAAUAUUUGUAAAUUACUGCAAUAAUUGGCAAAAUUGCCACUCAUUUUGGCAAUUUACUGCAUUUGUUAGUGAAAAAUUACUAUAAAUGUUAAUAAAAUUACCAACUUUGGGAAAUCGCUGAAUAAAUCAGAUUCAAUUCAAAAUUACGGUUUAUGUUACGUGUUAAUGUUAAUUAAAAAUCACGGUUUACUCACGUACAUUAAUGGAGAAAAGCUCUACUAGUUUCGAGUCACAGAGAGACUCUUCAUCAUGCGUGCGCAGAUGCAGCGACGUCGCGUAGCCUACUCGUCAGUAGGCUUUUCUCCAUUAAUGUACGUGAGUAAAUCGUGAUUUUUAGUUAAUUUAGUAUGUCUCACGAUAGUUAGUAUAAAAAAAUCUUAAGAAAAAAAAAAUCGUGCUAUUUCCAUAUGUGUUAAAACAUUACUGAUUACAACAUCAACAGACUUAUAUAAUAUUGUUAGAAUGUCGGAAUGUUUGUCAACUGCCUACAUUCCUUUGAUGAUUAUUAAUAAUUAUUAUUAUAAAUAUCUUUGUUUUAAUCUCACAUUGUAAUAAUAAGUGUAAAUAGAAGAUAAAGUUUAUUACUUUAAUUAAUUAAUCUAUUUUGUAAGUUAUAUGUAUGUUUUAUGGCAGUUUUAUAGAAGCAAUAUAAUAUGUGUUAUUUUUA